GCGGAGGCGCCUCAGGCGGGCCGGGGUUGAGGCGGCGUCCUGGACUCCGGAGCCCUGCGGCCGGUGGAGUGGCAGCCAUGCAGCCCCCACCCCCGGGCCCGCUGGGCAGCUGCCUGCAGGACUGGGUAGAUCUGCAGCGGGACUUCCAGAGCAUCCAGGAGGCCCACCGGCUGUACCGCCUGAAGCUGGAGGAGCUGACCAAGCUGCAGAACAACUGCACCAGCUCCAUCACACGCCAAAAGAAGCGGCUCCAAGAGCUGGCCCUGGUUCUGAAGAAAUGCAGAACGGCCCUCUCUUCAGAGGCCUCAAAGGCUGCGCAGGAGCUCGAGAACCAAAUAAAGGAGCGCCAAGGCCUCUUCUUUGACAUGGAAGCCUACCUGCCUAAGAAGAACGGGUUGUACCUGAACCUGGUUCUCGGCAACGUCAACGUGACACUCUUGAGCAAGCAGGCCAAGUUUGCCUACAAAGAUGAGUAUGAGAAGUUCAAGCUCUACCUCACCAUCAUCCUCAUCCUCUCCUCCUUCACCUGCCGCUUCCUGCUCAACUCCAGGGUGACGGAUGCAGCCUUCAACUUCCUGCUGGUGUGGUACUACUGCACACUCACCAUCCGCGAAAGUGUCCUCAUCACCAAUGGCUCCCGGAUCAAAGGCUGGUGGGUGUUUCAUCACUACGUGUCCACAUUCCUGUCGGGCGUCAUGCUCACAUGGCCCGAAGGGCUCAUGUACCAGAAGUUCCGGAACCAGUUCCUGUCCUUCUCCAUAUACCAGAAUUUUGUCCAGUUCCUGCAGUAUUACUACCAGAGCGGCUGCCUGUACCGCCUGCGCGCCCUGGGGGAACGCCACACCAUGGACCUCACUGUGGAGGGCUUCCAGUCCUGGAUGUGGCGGGGCCUCACCUUCCUGCUCCCCUUCCUUUUCUUUGGACAUUUCUGGCAGCUCUUCAACGCCCUGACGUUGUUCAGCCUGGCCCAGGACCCACAGUGCAAGGAGUGGCAGGUGCUCAUGUGUGGCCUCACCUUCCUCCUCCUCUUCCUGGGCAACUUCUUCACCACCCUGCGGGUCGUGCACCAGAAGUUCCACAGCCAGACGCACGGAAGCAAGAAGGAAUGAGCGGGCUGCACUCGCAGGCCCGGAGCGCCCUCUGCCGGGGGUGGGGGAUGGUCCUGCCCCCCAGGGCUCUGCAAAGGACCUGGGCCUGAUCUCCACUUGCAGAAGCGAGGCACUAGCCCCAAUAAAGAGGCACAGAGACACUUG